AUGGAAGAAAUGACACGCUUGCGUGAGGUGUUAAGUGCUAGUGAUAAGCAAACAAAAGACUUUUUACAACCACUGCUAUCUCUUCGUGGUGUACAGGAUUUAUUAUUAACAUUUAUUCGAGACUCAUCACGAUCCUUUGAAGAUUGGGUAUGGGAUCCUCAAGUACGACAAACACUCUUGAAUAUAAGAGCCAUGGAACCUCAAGUAUACGCUUGUCGUCAUGACGUGGAUCAAGUGUAUACACGUGUGGCCGAGGAACGAAUGGCUACAAGGACGCAGCAAUUUUUAUGUGACGACACACCAUCUGACUUGCUCGCACGAGUGAAUGCGGCACAGAAUGAUGGUAAAAUUAAGUUUCAGAAGAAAAACUACUAUGCCGCAAAAAAUGCGUUUUUAAAGGCUCUCGAAGCACUACUGGAGCAUCAAAGGAGUGAGUACUAUGGGAAGACUAUUCCUGUGAUAGAAUGGGAUGAGAUGGCUUUACAAAUGCGAUAUGUGACACUCUGCAAUAAUAUUGCAAUCUGUGGCAUGAAAUUGAAAGAUUAUUCAUUGAUUAAUGAGUAUACAUUCAAGGCAUUAAGUGUUGAUCAAGCAUCAACAAAAGCAUUGUAUGCACUGAUUAAAUUGAGAGCCAUGGAACAUCGAUAUACUGAGGCAAAGGAGAUUGUGGAGAAAGCAUUGACGAUGUAUCCCGAGAACGCUCAAUAUUUACAUUUAAAGAAGGAGAUCAAGGCAACAGAAUGGAAAGAAGCGUUACAACAGGCUGAAUUGGCUGAAAUUCGAGCAAAACAAUUGCAAACAGCCAUGGCAAUGCCAAAGAAAGCUACAUUGACAGAAGAGGAACAGGAGUUGCAGUGGAAAUUGGAGAUGCAGAAAAGAAUCGAUGAGACACCUUUACCUACUAAAGAGGAUGAUACUUUUGCCGCGUCGAGACUGAACGACUACUUUACGAAAACGAAACAAAGAUUGAUGGUCGACAUUCGAACUUGUCACAACUCGAACGCAGGUGAAGAAGCUCUGUUUGAGUGUGCUAUUGUUAAUGGUACGACGGGUGAAGUUCUUGCAGCGAAUGUCCAAGGUGCUUCCAAGAAAUUUGUAAAGAAUGAAGCUUGUAAAAUUGUGAUUGAAAAACUCUGGAAUGACAAGCAAGCGGCUGAUAAACUUAUUCCAGAGGAUAUGGCAUACUUGGAGAGAUUUGAGCGUGCAAAGGCAAGUGGCCACCCAUUGGUGAAGGAGGCUACUGUACCGGCAAAGAUAAAGCAGACACUUAAGAGCUCCCCACAGCUGCCUACACGUGUAAGUUGGCUGGAACGUCAGCUUCCACCGUUGUCGUUGCUGAAUCAGCUUACUCAACGCGGAACUCUUCAGGCUCGUUUUGACAUUGAGGAUGUGUCACCAAACAAGGGAGUGACGGAAUUUAAGUGUGUAGGCUACCUUGACGGCGACUACGUUGCUACAGCGAACGCCAUCAGCAAGAAGAAAGCUCGUACGGAAGUUGCUCAGCGGAUGCUUGCAGCUGCAUAUGAAAAGAACCUGCUGAUGGUUUAUGAUGGAUCGACCGACGAGGAUGAAAACGGAGCUCAUGACGAAAAGAAUUUGGACGGGAGCGAGCAUGCAACGGCAGACUGA